CAGUGUUAGUGAUGGAGGAGAGAAGAUGGCGGAAGCGGAAUUUAAGGACCACAGUGCAGCUAUGGAUACUGAACCAAAUCCUGGAACUUCUUCUGUGUCAACAACAACAAGUAGCACCACGACCACCACCAUCACCACUUCCUCCUCUCGAAUGCAGCAACCACAGAUCUCUGUUUUCAGUGGCCCAGACCGACAUGCUGUACAGGUAAUUCAACAGGCAUUGCAUCGUCCUUCCAGCUCAGCUGCUCAGUACCUUCAGCAAAUGUAUGCAGCUCAACAGCAGCAUUUAAUGCUGCACACUGCAGCACUUCAGCAGCAGCAUUUAAGCAGCUCCCAGCUUCAGAGCCUUGCUGCUGUUCAGGCAAGUUUGUCCAGUGGAAGGCCAUCUACAUCCCCCACAGGAAGUGUCACACAACAGUCAAGUAUGUCCCAGACAUCUAUCAACCUCUCCACUUCUCCUACACCUGCACAGUUAAUAAGCCGUUCCCAGGCUUCCAGUUCUACCAGCGGCAGUAUUACCCAACAGACUAUGUUACUAGGGAGUACCUCCCCUACCCUAACGGCAAGCCAAGCUCAAAUGUAUCUCCGAGCUCAAAUGCUGAUUUUCACACCCGCUACCACUGUGGCUGCUGUACAGUCUGACAUUCCUGUUGUCUCGUCGUCAUCGUCAUCUUCCUGUCAGUCUGCAGCUACUCAGGUUCAGAAUUUAACGUUACGCAGCCAGAAGUUGGGUGUAUUAUCUAGCUCACAGAAUGGUCCGCCAAAAAGCACUAGUCAAACUCAGUCAUUGACAAUUUGUCAUAAUAAAACAACAGUGGCCAGUUCUAAAACCAGCCAACGAGAUCCUUCUCCAGAAAGUAAUAAGAAAGGAGAAAGUCCAAGUCUGGAAUCGCGAAGCACAGCUGUCACCCGGACGUCAAGUAUUCACCAAUUAAUAGCACCAGCUUCAUAUCCUCCAAUUCAGCCUCAUCCUCUAAUAAAACAUCAGCAGAUUCCUCUUCAUUCACCACCUCCCAAGGUUUCCCAUCAUCAACUGAUAUUACAACAGCAGCAACAGCAAAUUCAGCCAAUCACACUUCAAAAUUCAACUCAAGACCCACCCCCAUCCCAGCACUGUUUACCACUCCAAAACCAUGGCCUUCCUGCAACUCCCAGUAAUGCCCAGUCACAGCACUGUUCACCAAUUCAGAGUCAUCCCCCUUCUUUGACAAUGUCUCCUAACCAGUCUCAGUCAGCACAGCAAUCUGUAGUGGUAUCUCCUCCGCCACCUCAUUCACCUAGUCAGUCUCCUACUAUAAUUAUUCAUCCACAAGCGCUUAUUCAGCCACACCCUCUUGUGUCAUCAGCUCUCCAGACAGGGCCAAACUUGCAGCAGUCCACUGCUAAUCAGGUGCAGCCUUCAGCACAGCUGAAUCUUCCAUCCCAUCUUCCACUUCCCACUUCCCCUGUUGUGCACAUUGGCCCAGUUCAGCAGUCCACUUUAGUGUCUCCAGGUCAGCAGAUUGUUUCUCCAACAUCACACCAGCAAUAUUCAACUCUGCAAUCCUCUCCAAUCCCAAUUGCCACCUCUCCACAAUUGUCAGCAUCUCCUCCAGCUCAAAUUCCACCACUACCCCUGCAGUCUAUGCAGUCUUUACAAGUGCAGCCUGAAAUUCUGUCCCAGGGCCAGGUUUUGGUACAGAAUGCUCUGGUUUCAGAAGAGGAGCUUCCAGCUGCAGAAGCUUUGGUCCAGUUGCCAUUUCAGACUCUUCCUCCUCCACAGACUGUUGCUGUAAACCUACAAGUACAGCCACCAGCACCUGUUGAUCCACCAGUGGGAAUGCAUUUGAACCAGUGUCAUCUGCACAAAGUUUUUUCUCUUAAGGUUUAUCAAGUAGAAGAUGUGUGUGAAGAAGAAAUGCCAGAAGAAUCAGAUGAAUGUGUCCGGAUGGAUCGGACCCCACCACCACCCACAUUGUCCCCAGCAGCUAUAACUGUGGGGAGAGAAGAUUUAACCUCUGAACAUCCUUUGUUAGAGCAAGUGGAAUUACCUGCUGUGGCAUCAGUCAGUGCUUCGGUAAUUAAAUCUCCAUCAGAUCCUUCACAUGUUUCUGUUCCCCCUCCUCCACUCUUACUGCCAGCUGCAACUACAAGGAGUAAUAAUACAUCUAUGCCCGGUAGCAUUCCCAAUAUAGAAAACAAACCUCCACAAGCUAUUGUUAAACCACAGAUCUUGACCCAUGUUAUCGAAGGCUUUGUGAUUCAGGAGGGACUGGAGCCAUUUCCUGUGAGUCGUUCAUCUUUGCUAACUGAACAGCCUGUGAAAAAGAGGCCUCUUUUGGAUAACCAGGUGAUAAAUUCUGUGUGUGUUCAGCCAGAGCUACAGAAUAAUACAAAGCAUGCAGAUAAUUCAUCUGACACAGAGAUGGAAGAUAUGAUUGCUGAAGAGACAUUAGAAGAAAUGGACAGUGAGUUGCUGAAGUGUGAAUUCUGUGGGAAAAUGGGAUAUGCUAAUGAAUUUUUGCGGUCAAAACGAUUCUGCACUAUGUCAUGUGCCAAAAGGUACAAUGUUAGCUGUUCUAAAAAAUUUGCACUUAGUCGCUGGAAUCGUAAACCUGAUAAUCAAAGUCUUGGGCAUCGUGGUCGUCGUCCAAGUGGCCCUGAUGGGGCAGCAAGAGAACAUAUCCUUAGGCAGCUUCCAAUUACUUAUCCAUCUACAGAAGAAGACUUGGCUUCUCAUGAAGAUUCUGUGCCAUCCGCUAUGACAACUCGGCUGCGCAGGCAGAGUGAGAGGGAAAGAGAGCGUGAACUGCGGGAUGUGAGAAUUAGGAAAAUGCCUGAGAAUAGUGAUUUGCUACCGGUCGCACAAACAGAGCCAUCUAUAUGGACAGUUGAUGACGUUUGGGCCUUCAUUCAUUCUUUACCUGGCUGCCAGGAUAUUGCAGAUGAGUUCAGAGCACAGGAGAUUGAUGGACAGGCCCUUCUCUUGCUAAAAGAAGACCAUCUUAUGAGUGCAAUGAAUAUCAAGCUAGGCCCAGCUCUCAAGAUCUGUGCACGCAUCAACUCUCUGAAGGAAUCCUAACAGAAUUGUGAGGUUUUGAGAUAAUUGCAGUUUUACCCUUCUCACAAACUUAUAAGGUAAAGGCUCAAGUUGGCCUAGAAUAUUACAUUUAUUAUGGCGGAUAGCCAAGCACAUUGGGAUCUCCGCAUCAAAAGCUGACAUUUCUUCAGAUAGAAUAAUUCAUUAUACAUUUUCUUAAUUAGCCAACACUGAUGAAAUUAAUUUUACAGGUCACAUGCAACAUUGAAAGACUUGCUACAGAGGGCCAUAAUAUUUUUCAAAGGCGUGUGUAAUACUAGAUAAUUUUUUAAAAGGUGACGUUUAUCAAUAUAUAGAAUCCUUUUAAAGGUAAUUUGAUGAUUUACAUUCUUCUCUUUUGAUUCAGUUUCAUAUACACUUUUAUAUCCUAUAAAUUUCUAUAGGUUGUCAUGAGAGAUAAUUUAGGAAUAAUUUAGUCCAGUGACUGGAAUUAUAUACAAUGAGAUAUCAUUGUGCUUUUAAAAACAUGUAUCUAUUAGACAAUUACUUUGUCUUUAAGAAAGGAUUGCAUUCUAGUAUAAAGAAUACUGAUCUGGAAGUCAGAAGAGUUGGUUUCUAUUCAAAAUUUCACCAAGAAUUUGAUGGCUAAGAAAGUUUUAUUUCCUCUUAGUUUUUGUACAUUUAGAGCAGUGGUUCUCAGUGGAGGUCAGUCCCCUCCUCCACCCCCGAACAUUUGGCAAUGUGAACAUUUUGGUUGUCAGCUUUGGGGAGAUGGGGAGGCUUGCUAUUUGUAUCUAGUGUGUGGAGGCCAAGGGUGUUACUAAAUCUCCAACAAUUUAAUAGCCCUUCACAACAAAGAGCUAUAAGGUCCAGAAUGUCAGUAGUGCCAAGGUUGAGAAACCUGAUCAGUGUUGCUCUUUGUCAUCCAAAUGGAUAUUUUCAAAAGAUGGGAUGUGCACUGGGAGUAUUUCAGACAUUAUUAAUGUUCUGCUGAAGUAUUUUCUCCAAUUUCGUGCAUGCUAGAAAAGGGGAAAAUGCUUUAAAUUGGCCCAUAAAGUAAGGACUACCAUAGAAAUGAUUUGACUCUCAAAAAGUACUAAUUCAUAUUAUCUUUCAUAUCUUAUGCUCCUCUGCACUGAUGAAGGGACAGUAUGCUUAUACGUCAUGAACCAGUGCAUAUCCUUUGCUAGCAAGGAAAUAGGCUGUAGCAUAUGUGGUUGCUCUUUGGAAUUUUUCUAAUAUUAUUUGAGGUCUAGCUGGAAUACAUACAUAUUCCUUUUCCCUUGACUAAAUCAUUUGCUUACUGCAAAGUACUUACCAAGUGGUAGCUCUUGGAUGAUUAGAUCUUAUUUUGUAUGUGUAUGUUUUAGGGGAAAAAAAUUUUUAAGCGAAACCUUUCACUGAACAGUUAGUGUUAUAUAGAAUUAGGACACUACAUCAAAAUUGUGGGAGUCCUGAGAGAUUUGUACCUCUGGACAUCAGGAAUUUGUUUUAAUCUUUUUUUAUCUUUACCACAUGAUUGAGAUGUUUUAGUAGUUGAGGAACACACACAAAAGUUCAGUAAGUGGGAAGAAUCCAUGAAUUUCAGUCAUUGUCACUGCUCUUUUCCAAAUGAUUGUGUUGAGCUAGUAGAAGACUGAAGAUGUCACUGAAGACAUCACAGAUAUUUAUCUUUUGGCUUUGUGUACAUUAGAGAAUGUUGAUUAUUUUUAUACAAAAAUACAGCGGGUAAUUUUUUUAA